AGAACCCCAGCAGAAAAGCCAAAGGCAGUGCUGUAGUUUAUCAGUCGGUUGGCAUUAGUUCUUUCAUCGUUAUAUUAGUGUUGGACCUUCUUUACAGAGUCUAGUCUUCAAAAUUUCAUUCACUCAGUUUUAGGAAGGAAGAGCAAACGUCGCACCUGCCCUCGGGAGUAGUUUGGUGCACCGGGGCAGGCGCUGUACCAUGCGAUACCUUUACAGUCACUGAGAGACUACGAGAGGUGUUUUCACUCCAGAGGCAUCACUGAAAGAACAGUCUCUGUCAUAUCAGCGGGAACUAUACGCAUUUAAACUAUACGGGAACAAGUUAACCGUUCACCGAGAGAAAUAACAGUACUUGGACUAUAACAGCCUCAUCCAAAUAGGCUAGUGACAGCUGAUUACACGGAAUAUGCUUAUUUUAUCGGACGAAAUGACCUCUGUUCAAACCUCAGUCAAAGGCUUCUUUACUUUUCAGCUGCUUCUCAGUUUCUUCUCAAGGGGGUUGGUAGAGGGAUCUCAUCUGCCUGAUCCACAGCUGCUUCCUACUGGAGACACACACCUUCGGGAUGUGGGUGGCAAUCUCACACUCAUCUGCAGAGGAUCAACUUUCCUGCACUGGAUGCUGGCUAACAGAGAUGUGUCAUCGGUACGGAUUGAGCCAUGUGAGGAGAGAAUGCACAAGCACUGCAGCAAGCUGGUCAUACACAACCUGAGUCACAAUGACACUGGCUUCUACACAUGCAGUUACCAAAAGUCUAGCAAUCAUGAGGUGUCCACAUAUCUUUUCGUUAAAGAUCACAAUCAUCCAUUUGUGGAGGCUCACAGUGUAGCACAACCGCUUUAUGCAUAUCGGGAGGAACGUUUUUUAGUGGUCCCAUGCAGAACAACAUCCCCGAAUCAACAUGUUAUCCUUGAGACUAUGAAUAAUCCUAUGACAGAUCAUGUAAAAAGUAGGAUGGAGUGGGAUCCAAAGAGAGGUUUCAAGAUUCCCUUGAAACCUUUUGACAGCUACCAAAUGAUUACGUGUAUUACCAGUGUGGAUGACAAACAAUUUUCAUCAGUCUACAUGCUCUUAAGGAUAACGGCGGAGCUGGAAAACAUUGGCAUCAAACCAGAACGACCAAAAGUACUGGUCGGUGACACCCUGAUCCUCAACUGCUCUGCAGAGACCACUUACAAUGGCAUAAUUGAUUUUAAGUGGCAGAACCCUAAGGGUCAGAUCAAUCAAGAAAUGAAAAAGAAUAGGGUCAUAUCUGGUAAAACCGUCAUGAUGAGUAAUGCAUUAAUCAUGCCAAAUGUGACAAUGGAGGACAAGGGCACGUAUGUGUGCAUAGCAUCAAUUGAAGACAAAAAGCUUAUUAAUUCAACUAAAGUAACUGUAUACGAGCAUCCAUUCCUCAAUGCGACCCAUAAUAAACGCAAAUUCAUUUCUGCCAUAGAGGGUAGAAAGGUGCAGUUUGAGCCACGGGUCAAUGCCUUGCCAGCACCAGACAGAGUGUUGUGGUACAAAGAUGGAGUUGCCAUUUCAGAAAAUUCCACGUGUUAUGAGACAGCGGGCUACAGCCUCACCAUAAAACAAGUGAGGCAGAAGGAUGCUGGGAUAUUCACUAUUGCUCUGUCAAACCAGGAGAGGGGUCUCUACAGAAACCUCAGCUACAGGCUGGAAGUCAGAGUGAAGCCAAAGAUCUUUGAGGAGGAUGUGGCUCCAGGGGGCCCACAAGCUUACAAAUAUAAUGAGGGGCACCAGCUCACCUGCACUGCAUUUGGGAUUCCCAUGCCAAACAUUACCUGGUUCUGGCAGCCGUGUGACACCAGCCCUGAUCUUACAGAGUGCAAACCUUACACUGAUCCUCUGCCUGUUGGAGAUGUCACUGAAUCGCACAACCAUUAUCCUCAUAAUUUGAUUAAGGAUGUGAGGAACAAGGUUGAAUUAUUAAAAAGUAAAAACAAGACUGUAAGCAUUCUGAUGGUGGAAACAGCUACUGUGUCAGGGAUCUACUCCUGUACAGCAAAGAAUGAACUUGGGAACCGGACCAUGAGAAUCCCUUUCUAUGUGUAUAAUCAGACACAGCCGCUUGAGAUUGGGCCCUCGACAGCUGUUGCAGGAGAUGACGUUACAUUGACCUGCAGAGGCACAAGAUACCUCUACGAUAGGUUGCAUUGGUUUGGUCCACAGGGCCACAUAGUUCCCAAAGGCCAAGCAAUUCUUCGGAUCGAGCCCUACACCAUAUCUUUGUCCAUCAAGUUGCCCAAUGUCUCUAGAAACCACACACUGGGCUAUGAAUGCCGGGCUUUAAACAUCAACUCCAAUAAAAUGGUCAAUACAACAUCUCUUUUGACUAUUAAUGAGAGGAAAAGGCCCACACUGAUGCAGAAUCUGACCAAUCAGGAUGUGAACAGCAGCAGCACCCUGACUCUGGCCUGUUGGGCUGAGGGUGUGCCAGAACCCGAUAUCAAAUGGUACAAAGACAAGACUCCUGUCACAGAGGGACCAGGUAUCACUCUAAAAGAUGGCGUUCUGAUCAUUGAGAGGGUGAAGAAGGAUGAUGAGGGCAUUUAUGAAUGCCAUGCCAGCAAUGAUAGAGGGGAAGCAAAAACUAGUGCGGUCAUUACUGUAGUGGGAGAAGACGGUAAACCAAAUAUUGAGGUGAUCAUCUUGGUUUCUACUGGAGCAGCAGCAACGUUUCUUUGGAUAAUGCUCAUUCUCUUUGUCCGUAAAUUAAGAAAGCCAAGUUCAGCAGAUUUAAAGACGGGGUACCUGUCCAUCAUCAUGGAUCCCGACCAGAUCCCCCUUGAUGAGCAGUGUGAUCGUCUGCCCUAUGACAGCAACAAAUGGGAGUUCCCCAGAGACCGCCUCAGGCUCGGUAAAACUUUGGGCCAUGGAGCAUUUGGAAAAGUUGUAGAGGCCUCUGCAUUUGGCAUAGACAAGAUUUCUACUUGCAAAACGGUGGCAGUGAAAAUGCUGAAAGCCGGAGCUACAAAUAAUGAAUGGAGAGCUUUAAUGUCUGAACUGAAGAUUCUGAUCCAUAUUGGUCAUCAUCUCAAUGUAGUCAAUCUGCUAGGAGCUUGCACAAAGCGUGGAGGUCCACUAAUGAUAAUCGUGGAAUACUGCAAGUAUGGAAACCUUUCCAACUACUUGAGAAGUAGGAGGGGAGAUUUUGUGGUUUACAAGUCUCAGGACGGAAAGGCUCUGCGUUCCAGCUCCGGGUGUGAUCUGAGCGAGCUCAUCAAGCGCAGGUUGGAGAGCGUGGCCAGCACCGGAAGUUCAGCCAGCUCCGGCUUCAUUGAAGAUAAGAGCUACUGUGACUCGGAGGAAGAGGAGGAAGAGCAAGAGGAUUUGUAUAAGAAAGUGCUCACACUAGAAGAUUUGAUUUGCUACAGCUUUCAAGUGGCUAAAGGCAUGGAGUUCUUGGCUUCAAGAAAAUGUAUUCACCGUGAUCUGGCCGCACGUAACAUCCUGUUGUCUGAAAACAACGUUGUGAAGAUUUGCGAUUUUGGACUUGCAAGAGAUGUAUACAAGGACCCAGACUAUGUCCGCAAAGGAGACGCCAGACUUCCCUUGAAGUGGAUGGCUCCAGAGGCGAUAUUUGACAAGAUCUAUACCACUCAAAGUGACGUGUGGUCUUUUGGAGUGCUAAUGUGGGAGAUCUUCUCUCUUGGUGCCUCCCCUUACCCUGGCUUACACAUUGAUGAGGAAUUCUGCUGCCGACUGAAGGAGGGCACCAGGAUGAAAGCUCCUGAAUACUCCUCCUCUGAAAUAUAUCAAACCAUGUUAGACUGCUGGCAUGGAGAACCAUCCAAGAGGCCCACUUUCACAGAGCUGGUAGAGAGGCUAGGAGAUCUGCUACAAGCUAGUGUGCAGCAGGAGGGAAAACACUACAUCCCAAUCAACACGGCCCUGUUGAGCAAAGCAGACCCCUCAAACCUGAGACCCACAGAGGGGACCUCCACCAGACCUGUCUCUCUUAGAGAUUCCGGGACGGCUUGGAACAUCAAGAUCCGCCCAGCGAGUGUGAAGACCUUUGAUGAAGUAAUCAUGGAGAAUGGAAGCAACAAGAUCCACGAGGGAGGCCAGUCAGACAGCGGAAUAGGUCUGUCUUCAGACGACCUGAAGACACUGAAGCGUCUGGAGUCACUGGCCAGACCCCGGAGUUUCAUGGCCCGAGCGAUGAAGAGCAAAAGUAAGGAGUCAGUUCUGCUGGAGGGCGAGAAGGAGAAAUACCCACUACUUGUUCCCUCACUGGUCCUGAGUCUGGAGGACUCUCUCGACCCAGAGCUGGAAUGUCAUAGCCCACCUCCAGACUAUAACUAUGUGGUCCGUUACUCCACACCACCUGUUUGAGUUGAUCUGCAUUCUUUAGCCACCAGAAGUGUCACCCGGUUUUGGAGGAUCUGAUUGGUUGGGUCCAUUUUGUCUCUGCACAUUAGAUCUCUUUUAUUUUCCCCCACUUUAUUCUGUACUGGACUGGUCAUUCAGAGUUUCACAUUUUCUCUUUCUGUGCACUUUUUCAAGGUAGUGUGUGAGUACAGUGGGCUGCCACUCGUAUCAUUGUGGCAGUCUGACAUACAAACGGACCACCUCAGGUAUUCCUGCAGUCUACUGUGAACACAACAAGCACAUUUUAUUACAAUAAUGGCACUGUUUUUCCCAGCAUUUUUCAUACAGAAUGGUGGCUAAUUAUGAAAUCAUUUGUUCAGUGGUUGGAAUGAGAGGACAAAGGCAAUUCUUAUUUUAUUUCUAGAUAAAUAUUUUAUUGUAAUGAAAACUGGAAUUUUGGUUAUAUGGUAUUCUAUUUUUAUUUUGCUAAAAUUAUUUCGGAGCUCACUAAAGCUCUUUUUCGUUUUAGGAAAAUAUUUUUCUUUAGAAUAAAUUUCACUUAUAUUUUACUCUGUCAGACGCAAAUGUCAAACAAAGACCACAGAUCAUGAAUAAUUGAAUGUGCGGUCUGAAAUUCCUUCCCGGAACUCAAUCUGAAAUUGCAGGACACAUGAUCAUCAACACUACGGAUGCACAUUGUAUUUCCAGGAUCUGUUGCUUCGGCCUGAGGGCCGUUUUCCUGAGUCUUGUUCAAUGAAGAUAAAAUAAAUCACCUUUGUUCCCGCAUAUAGUAUUUUUUUAUCCUCAUAGCUCUUAAUCUGGAUAAUUUUAAAGAAAUUAGUCAAGCUUAACGUUUAACACAUGGCAGAACUCCGUUAUCAUUCAGUCUAUCACUGUGAAAAAUGUUUCUAAAGCCUUAUCAAGUAAAUUAUUCAUGCACAUUUAAUAGGAAACAUUCUGUUAAUUAUCGAUCAAAUGUGGACCACAAUAAAACGGCCUUGCUCUGUUCAACAAUAGUUACACUGCGUUGUGUACUUUCCAUAUUUAUGUUGUUUACACUACUGUAUACAUAACAGCACGUAAUAUGUUGUGCAGCUAUUAACCAGAGGAACGUAUUCUGUUACUGAUUCAGUAGUCUUUCAUGCUAAAAUACUACUAAAGCUUGCAGGGCAGGCUGUAAUAUUGUCAACAGGCUGGUCACUAUAUAAAUGGUCAUGAUGAUUAUAGUAAAAACCUGCACACAUGUAGGUGCUAUCAGUAUUAACUACUUAACAUGACGGAAUGGGUGGGAAAUCAUUGCAUUGGCUAAAUCAGAUUGGAUAUUGACAGUUGUAAAAACAGUUAGGCCUGUUAUUGCUAAUUAUUAUUAAGUCCAAGUACUACAUUCAAAGUUGAUGGACUGUCUUCCAAAUAUGAAAUGUAUAUACUAUCAAAUGAUGCUUUCAGUAAUGUUAUUUUGACUGCCUGGUAUUUGUGAAAUAAAUUUGUAUGCACUGAUAUUUUCUACAUAUAUUUGUUUUGUAUUAUAAUUGUAUUUUAAUAUUAACCAAGCAUAAAUAAAGAUCUAUAUAUUUAUAUAUAGCA